GGAAGGGGUCACAUCACUCAAAUAAAUUUCUUUGAACACAUUCGCAGUUAAAACAAUGAGUUUCAUCCAGAAGAAUAAAGGCCCACAGCACAGAUUGCCCAAAUCUAAUCGGGAUCGGAAAGUCCUGGAGUCAAGUCGUGAGAUCCAGCGACAUGUUUCUGUCAAUGGCUUGAAGAAAAAAAUUCGUGAUGUGUCAAGGCUCCUGGAACGCUCGGAGAACCUCCGCGCAGAUAUACGCAUAGAAUAUGAGCGGGCCUUGGCAGCCUCCAAACAUGAAUUGGCGACUGCGGAGGCUGACCGAAGGCGUCAAAAGAUGAUCAAGAAAUACCAUAUGGUUCGCUUCUUUGAACGCCAAAAAGCAACUCGAAUUUUGAAGAAGCUCCAACGUCGCCUUGCAGUCGCUGCUUCGACAUCAGAUGCGGAGGCCCUGAAAGCCGAAAUCCACACAGCAGAGGUGGACUUAAAUUACACACUCUUUUACCCUCUCGAUCAAAAAUACACGAGUCUCUACGCCGGAAAAGAUAUAACAUCGGCUGAGAACAGCAUGACGCAAGGCAUUGAAGGUCGUCAAAACGGGCCCAUGUGGAGAGAAAUAGAGAGACGAAUGGGAGAGGGUUCCCUGGAUGAGCUUCGCAACGGAUCUCGUAAAGAGAUAGGCCAAUCAAAAAGCAGAAAAAUUGCUUCCGGGCCUGUUCGCGAGGAGAAACGCAAGAGAACGGACAAUAUCAGCGAGUUGGCAAACCGGAAGGAGACCUCUCUGAACGCAAGUGAUACACGGCAGGAAGGCUCGGCGGAGGAAAGCGAUGGUGGUUUCUUCGAAGAAUGAAGGAGACCAGUCAUUAGCUUUUGAAACUGUUGUUGCUUACUAUUUCCAUUCGCGAGCAUUAUCCUCGGCGUUUUCGGUGUUCAUCAUUCGCGUCUUCGUCGAGGACUCCAGGGUUCUGACUUGACUGGUUCACAUAAUUGGUUGCGUGGGUGGAAUACUUAUACUCAUAGCUUUUACGUCUUUCUUAAACGAAUCUCAUUUAAUCUUCGUAGAACUUGUCAAUGUUAAAUUUUUGAAAAAAUUAUUGGUGGAAUAUUGGAUCGUUCGACGACCGAUUCUCGUUUCAAGUUGACAGCUUCAUUCCUCGUGGGUCUCUCUUAGAAUUCUUUCGCGCAAUAAAUGGUUUAUAUUCUAAUUUACAGCAUCCAAAAAUCUGAACACGAGCAAUGCAUCAUGACCACUCAAGCGUAAAUUUCGUAAAUGUAUGUGAGACAGAAAAACUGG